AUGAGCCCUGUCUAUUCCAGUGAGGAAACCUGCCCACAUUCUGAAAAUCCUGACUUGGAGGUGAUUGUGGAGGCACUGAAGACUAUCUGCAACAUUGUACUGUACAAUGAGACAGCUCAGGUGGUGGCUGCAGAGCUACAGCUGAUCAAAGGUGUGGCUGAAAGGUUAAAACAGUGCCGGGAUCCCACCUGGACAUAUGAGGUACGCUUUUUUGAUCUGCGACUCACCUUCCAGCUGACUGCUCUGAGAGUGGAUGUCCGAGCACAGCUAGCCAAGGAGCUCCAUGGAGUUAGCCUGCUGGGGAACCAACUGGAUGCUACUCUGGACCUGUCCUGGCCUGAUUCUCUGGAAACCGCUAGGAAGGACUGUGAAGGUGUACCAUCAGAGGACCUGCCACCUCUCUCUCAGCAGCAGAUAGAACUAGCCAUGGAAAUACUCAAAAUCCUAUUCAAUGUUACUUUUGACACAGCAAAGCGCAAGGUGGAUGAGGAGGAAGCUGCUGAGUAUAGACAUUUGGGAGCAAUCCUAAGACACUGUCUAAUGAGCCGCACUGAAAGUGAACAACUCACAGAGGAGUUCCACAGCCACACUAUCAACCUGCUGGGUAACCUGCCGUUGCCCUGCCUGGAUGUACUGCUGAUGCCAAAGGUACAGCCCAACUCCAUUGAGUACAUGGGAGUCAACAUGGAUGCUGUCCACAUGCUGCUGGAGUUUAUGGAGAAGAGAGUGGACCGGGGACACAAGCUGAAAGAAACACUUAUUCCUUCUCUAAACUUAUUAACCGAAAGUUCCCGCAUCCACAGAGAAACCAGAAAGUUUCUACGCUCUAAGGUGCUGCCUCCACUGCGCGACGUGAUGAACAAACCAGAGGUGGGCACCACUCUGAGGAAUAAACUGGUCCGACUCAUGACUCACAUUGACACUGACGUCAAAGACUGUGCAGCUGAGUUCCUCUUUGUGCUCUGCAAAGAAAGUGUCUCCAGGUUCAUUAAGUACACUGGAUAUGGCAACGCAGCGGGACUAUUGGCUGCCAGAGGACUGCUGAGGGGGGGCCGGGACUCUGGCAUUUACUCUGAAGAUGAAGACUCAGAGACAGAAGAGUACAAGGAGUUCAAGGCGCGUAUAAACCCAAUCACAGGUGUGGUGGAGGAGGACAGGCCUGAUCCAAUGGAGGGAAUGACAGAGGAGCAGAAGGAAUAUGAAGCGAUGAAACUGGUCAAAAUGUUUGACAAACUGUCCAGGUCCAGUGUAAUUCAGCCAAUGCAGCUUGAUAUGGAUGGGAAUAUGAAAGAACUGACCGCAGAGGAUUUGCACAGACUGGCUAACAACCCUGUGUUACAACCAGAAAAUCAAGACAAUUCAGAUGAAGAUGAGGCAUAGAACAAGCAUCUUAAAACUGAGAAGAAUAUAUAGGUUUUAUGUUGCACUCACCCUAUCUAUCUGUCUGUGCAAUUCUUGUUUUAAAACACUAAAAUUGUACUAAUUAUAAAGGUAAAAUAUUAUUGUGUACUGUCAGAUGCUGCACUUGUCUACUGCAUCCAUAGACUCAAAAUCAAGAUGGAUGCAAAUCAGGAAAAAUGGUUUUACAGGGUUCCAGGUUUGUUAUUU